CGCUGGGUUGCGAGUUACUUGGUUAGUGGGCACUUUUUCUCCUUCUUCUUCGUCUAUAGCCCCCAUUAUCUAGCUCCCUAAUCCAACAUCCAGCGGCUGAACUGGGUCGCUCUUCAAUCGCAUCUUUUUCGAUCGCAGUCAAGAACAAUUUGCCGCUGGCACUCUUCUUUUUCUCUAGCAACCAUGGACGAUUCCGCCAAAAACAAUGAUUCUUGGAAUUGGGAUGGAGAUGGAUAUACCAUCCAGAAGGAUACCGAUUUAGAAUGCCUUUGGGACGGGGUGUCUGAAAAUGACGAUCUUUCAUAUGUGUUCGAUGAAACAACUCCAGUUAAAGCUUGCGGGGACUUGGCAUACCAUGUCACGCAUAAUGAUGACAGGAACAAGAAAUCAGAAGAAUCCAGGGAAACUCAUUCACAAGCGAAGAGACGUCGGAUGUUACAGUUUACGGCACAAGAUAUAGAAACUUCACUCUGCUGUGAAGAUUUGUCUUCUAGAUUUCUAAAAUCACAUAAUAAGGAUGUUUCUAGUCCUGCUGCUGUCCCUGAUGUUCCAUACGAGAUUCCCGAGUGCUCUGGACUCUCAGCUAAUGUGCCGACUUCUUGUCUUGAGAAUUUGGAUCACUCACCUGAAGGUUGGAUUGCUGAUUGCCUUAAUGAUGCUGAUAUGCAUUGCAGCCCUGAGGAUUUGAACUUUGCUGGGACUUCGGACAAUCAAAUCGAUGUAUCAGAGUUUUGUAAUGUUGCACCUGAGUUCAAAUCUAACGCAGUCCAACAUCAUCCUACUCGAGUUCCUCGGAACAUAAUAUUUAAAGGUCGAAAGUCGUAUAUUAGAACUCCGACUAAGUUAGCUUCUUCAGUUGCCUACCCAUUUGCCUUCAUCAAACCCUGUGGAUUCCAUGGAGAUGUCACCUUGAAGGACAUAAACCAGCGGAUCCGCACGCCUCCACCUUCAAAACUGAAGCAUCAACCUGAAGACCCAUCUCAAUCAUACCCAACAUCAGCCUUCUCCGGUAAGCCCGUCGUCGGUAAAACCAAGAUUCAUACUGAAGGUGGAAAGGGCAGCAUUACAAUCAUGAGGACCAGAGGUUGAACGAACCAUGUAUAACAAUUCUCACUAUCCAAACGUUCCUUUUGCUGCCCCUCGGUCAUCCUUGAGGGACUUGUAAAAUGUCAUGGCCAUGUAGUAAGCAGUACAGAAGCUGAUUAAUGUUCAUUUUUGGUAUAGAGAAAGAGAGAGGGAGAGAUGUGUAGGAACAUUAGGGUUGCCCAUGGAAUCCCUAAUCAUAUAACUUCAUUAAAAUGUUUAUGCCUCCAAGCGAACUCUUGUAGGUCCAAGUCCGAGUUCAAGUUCGAGUUCGAUACCCAUAAGGUUCGUGUCAUUUGGAAAACAACACUCCUUAUCGUCAUGUUUAUUCUUAAUGCCUUGUGGAACUCUGCUGUAAUCAAAAUCUUUUGGUGGAAAGCUUGAAAACUGCAGUCAGCUUUUUUA